UGUCCCUCCCUCCCCUCCGCGAGCUUUCCGUUCUCUUUGUUCUCCCAUUUAUCAGGCGACCGCGGACCACCGUGAACGGCCGGGAAGUUCACGACGGCGGGCGAUACAUACGCCUAUACAUACGGAUUGACAAGACAGAGAGACAGAGAGAUGGGGGUCGAUUACUACAACAUUCUGAAGGUGAAUCACAACGCGACGGAUGAGGAUCUGAAGAAAGCCUACAAACGUCUCGCUAUGAUCUGGCAUCCCGACAAGAAUCCCUCGGCGCGGCGGCCUGAGGCAGAGGCCAAGUUCAAGCAGAUCUCCGAGGCUUACGACGUCCUCUCCGACCCGAAGAAGCGGCAGAUCUACGAUCUCUACGGCGAGGAAGGCCUCAAAUCGGGCCAAUUCCCGCCAUCCACCGCCUCCUCCUCGUCCUCCGCCGCGUCUUCCUCGUCCCGCGCGUCGCCGCACUUCAACGUCCACCACCCGCAUCGGCAGCAUCCUCCGAACGCGGCGUCGUUUCGUUUCAACCCGAGGGACGCGGAGGAUAUCUACGCCGAGUUCUUUGGAUCCGACGGCGGCGGCGGCGGCGGGAGAGGAAACAGGGGUUAUAAGGACGGGUACUUUAAGAACGGCGGCGGCGGCGGUCACUAUGGUGCUGAAACGAGGAAAGCGCCUGCCGUGGAGAAUCCAUUGCUAUGUAGCUUGGAGGACUUGUACAAGGGUGCUAAGAAGAAGAUGAGGAUCUCCAGAAAUGUCUAUGAUACCUCUGGUAAGAUGAGGACUGUCGAGGAGAUAUUGACCAUUGAAAUAAAGCCUGGGUGGAAGAAAGGCACGAAGAUCACGUUUCCGGACAAAGGCAAUGAGGAGCCAGGAGUCAUACCAGCAGAUCUCAUAUUUGUGGUAGAAGAGAAACAACAUUCUGUUUACAAGAGAGAUGGUAAUGAUCUUGUAGCCAACCUGGAGGUAACAUUACUUGAAGCACUGACCGGUAAAACCCUUGAGCUCAUCACCCUCGACGGAAGGAAUCUCAUGAUCCCACUAACCGAUAUCGUCAAGCCAGAUUAUGAGAUCGUUGUUCCAAAUGAAGGGAUGCCAAUCUCUAAAGAACCCGGAAAAAAGGGAAAUUUGAGAAUAAAGCUCAGUGUGAGAUAUCCAUCAAGGCUCACACCAGAGCAGAAAUCCGAGCUCAAGAGAGUUCUUGGUGGGGUUUCAUAAGUUGAAUGUUGCAGCAAAGAAAGAGAGUUUGAUGUUGGACUGGAUGUAGAUAGCAAAUUGAAGAGCUAGAUUGUGAAUGGUAGGAAGAAUUUCUUCUAGGGCUCGGUUCAAAUCCAUGGUAAGCCUCUUCCAUUUUGCUGGAUUUCCGGGUUUGAAGAGUUAGAUUGUGAAUGGUAGGAAGAACUUCUUGUAGGGCUCGGUACGAAUCCAUGGUAAGUCUUCUUCUUCUUUCUUCUUCUUGCUGAAUUUCCGGGUUUGAUUUAAGCAAAGGCUGAGAGACAAGAAGGAGCUUGCUGUUUUGUUUCUUCAACUCGAAGCAAAACACGAGCUUGUCUUUCUCCCACCUGUUUACAGAUUCAUUCAUUCUUUUUUUUCUUUCUGUCAUUCUGUUUUCUUGGGGGUCUUGCCAUUGAAAAACGCAUACACUCUGUAAUCGCCCUUGUUAUUCUUGUACUUGUGCUCUUUUAAUAUAUUUGAUUUCAUGUCUAAGCAUCA